CGGCUCCUUCUGCACGCUCAGCUCAGGGUGUCUCCGGAGGAGACGCGCGGCGGAGAGCUCGGGCGUGCGGAGCAGCUUCCAGCCAAGCGGCUUGGAGAGGGGGAAGGAGGCAGGCAGGCAGGCAGGCAGGCAAACGGACAGAGAUCUACGUUUGCCCUCGGAGACGGGAUGGACCACCCCGGGCGGUGGUGGCUGCUGCUGCAACUCACGCUCACCGUGGCGCCCCGGGAAGCACAGUCAACAACCUUAAAAAUCACCACUCCUUACGCACUCUACAUCUGCCCUGAAGGUCAAAGUGUCACCUUGACUUGUAAAGUCAGUGCAUCUGAACACCAUGGUCCCAUUUACAGAAUGUGGUACUUCAGCGACAAACGUGACCAGAGAUGCUCUGAGAAGCAGCACAUCCCCGGCAGUAUGCAUAAGGAGCCACAUCAUGAAUCCGGGAUGCACCACGGACCACCUGGUAGUAACAGCACUGCCAAGAAAUAUUUGCAUGGGCAGCAAGCAAACCAUCACGGACAGGCCUCUUCAAAUCAUCAUGGGAUAUUCCAUAUUUCUAUGGCAAACCUCACUCUACAGCACAGCGGGUUCUACUGCUGCUAUGUGGCAGAUGUGAGAAGGGAGCACGGCAAGGACCAUGUCCAGCAACAGGCUCACAGUUCCAUAGAACUUCGUGUACAGAAAGCAAUAGGUACAUUUCCAAACUGUACCUUACAUCCUGCUGCCAGCACAGAGAGUGAAAGUAUUACAGCAACUGCAGUUGCAACAGUGGCCUGCAUUCUGGGCAUUCUGUGCAUGCCGCUCAUCUUGCUCCUCAUUUACAGGCAGAGACAAGCGAUCACUAACAGGCGUGCUCAUGAACUUGUCAGAAUGGACAGCAAUGCCCGUGGCAUUGAGAACCCGGUCUUUGAUGCUGACCCUGCUGUUCAUGCAGAACCCAAGCCCAGGCCCCAGUUAACAUACAUGGUGAGCCGCCUGCUAUCCGAUUCAGGCCGGCACCUUCUCUCAGAACCAAAUACUCCAGUUUCACCCCCAGUCCCAGGAGACUGUUUCUUCCCAUCACUGGAACCUGUUCCUGAUUCACCAAACUUGAUGGAUGUAUCAGAAAAUUUUCCAGGAAGACCUUUGCACUGAAUCUUUGACAGCAACAUAGACAAAGUUUUGCUUGCUGCUUUAAAAGAAAAACUGAAAAAAGGAAAUAGAGAAAGUGAAAAGAAAAGAGAAAAAAUGGAAGAGAAGAAACACUUUGUAAGAACUAUUUCUAAGAGGGAAGGAAAUGGCAUAAUUUUUAUGUGGCACCUGACUUGAUGCUUGUCCUAACAUUUCAAUAUAUGUGCCUUUGAUUUCCUCUGAAAGGUUUAAAUGCAGAAAAUAUGUUCUGGAGGACACUGAGGUUCUGAAGCCUUAAAGGAUUCUGAUGGAUUUUUCAUUACUUCACAGAGCUGUAAACAAUUUGAUGAACAAUUACUGAAACAAGUUAAAGAGUUGCAUGGUUUCACUGCACCAAAGUUGUGUGCAGGACUGGAGGAAAGAUGAGAUUUCUUAAUUGUUACUGGAGAGUAGAGGGAUCAUGGUUGUGAAUCCACCACCAAAAGCCUUAAAACUGAACAGGGUUCUAACAGAUCUCCCUGUACUCUGAAUGCCUUGCCCCUUCACAAUAUAGGACAGGUUUAAAAAUCUUGCUAUGUAUGUCUUUACACAUAUUACACUGUAUAUGUUAUUUUACAUCUGCACCAUUUGAGUGCUUCAGCAUAGCAACAACUUGUAUCUGAGCUUCGAAAGACUGCAUGUAACAUGAAAAAGUCCUAAUACUUUUCCUUCUUUCUUUCAUAGACUGUCGUAUCAGUUUUAGGAAGAAUGGCUCUGAACCAGAUUUGAUUAUUCAGUUUGUUGAUUGUUCUUUGGCUGCUUGUGGAGGAGCUUGGUGUAGCAAAUGACUGGGGAAGUACAAGCAUGGAAGGGUAUCAAAAAUUGGGGUGUAAUGCUAAAUCUACCCAUCUAAAACCACAAAACUGAUUAUAGAAUAUUCAGACCUAGGUUAGAGAUGAAUAUAAGUUGUAGAUUUUGGAAUAAACCCAGAACUGGACAGUUCUGACUUUUAAUCUGACCUGAAUACAGUGCUUCAGUUGAACCCAAUUUCUGUAAGAAAUGUAGUGGAUAUCUUCCAGAGAGGAUGCACAUGCAAAUGCACUUCAGGUGACUUAAUCUGGUUUCACAGCCCAUUGAGCCACAUACAAGGCCCCAAAUACAAAGCACAAGGUAAUGCAAGACGUCUGGGGCCCUUUGACCUAUUAUGCCCAGGAUACACGGGAUUGUCAGUCCACUGUACGCACUUCAACAUGAUGCCUCCAGGUCAUUUCUUUAGCCUUCCUCAUCCCCUUUUUCCUUUUGUCAUGUCUUUUAGAUCGUGAACCUGUGGCCAGGUACUGCCUUAUUUUUACUGAUCUUAUUUGUGCUGCUCUGGGUCCUUCUUGGUUGAAGAGUGGGAUAAAAAUGCUUUCAGUAAAGAGAGAGAACCCCCACAUAACCCUAACAGCUGAAGUUAACGGAUUUUGUGAAUAUUAGGCUAAGCAGCCAGUCAGAAAGGCCUUCUGCAUGGUCCUCAUGGCAAGGUGAUUUCAGUAUGAUGAGGUAGGGAUAUAUUUCAAGUGGUGUGGGAAUUUAUUCUAUAAGAUCAACAAAGCAAUAAACGUUAGUGCAGAACAUCAAAUUGGCUGUUCCUGAGAUAUGUAGCUCUGGAUUGUAUGUAAAUGUUAUCACCUAUUUGGGAAGAAUACAAGAGAUCAUUUACCCAGUGGUACUUACCACUGUGUGUCCAAUUAUUGGGAAAUCCAUCUGAAACUAUUAAGGAGAAAUUUACCAUUCUCCUGCUUCCCUAGAUAUUAUGAUCAAGCACAGAAGAGUUAUAAAAGAUUCACUAUACAACUUGGAAGAACAAUACAGAAGAGUAAGUUGCCAAGUUGUCUGUGUUCUGUGGCAUUGUCUUUUUAGGUAAAUACUCUUCUCUAUUAACUCUUUGAAAGAUUUCAGAACAUACCGGAUAAAAAUUGAGCGUACAGAUUCUCCAGCAUUAAAAGGAUAUUUAAGUGGCCCCGUGGUUAAGAAAAAGAAUGUAGGAACAAGGGAAACAGACUUAUUAGUGAAGUGGGUGAAGACGUCAUUCCUUUAAAAUUGCUCCUGUCUUGUUCGCGCAUGUGUAUUUAAGUAUAUGCAUGCACGGAAGAGUAAAGCUGGUGACUGUUCUAUGUGCAUGUGUCAACUGUUCUGUCAGCCACUCUAAAUGUGUUUAUAUUUGUUUUUAAAAGGAUGUGAUAGUAGCAUCAAGUUUCGUUGUGGUCAUUUUCCUCUUGUAACAGAAAGAUGUUAUGGGUGAUGCUUAGUAAACCUUCUGGUCAGGUCCAUGAACUGGUGACUUCAAUGUGUACAGCUACAGAUUGAGUCAUACGAACACAUAAAGUUUCCUUAUACUAAAUAGCCUAAAAUACAGAAUAUGCAAAAUCAAGUAUGCUGGACAACAUAACAUUUCAUCCAUGGAGCACUCCUAACCAAAUUUCAUUGAUAUAACAAUGCUGCAUUGUGGAAAUUCACAUGCUGCUUCCCAUAUAAGCAAAUUAGGUCGACAUAUGCUAUAUAUGCUUACUCUGGAGUAGGUUCCAUUGAACUUUGUGAGGCCCCUGAGUAGGCAUGUAUAGGAUUGUAUUACUACUCUCAAUGUCUUGUUCUGGCAACAGGACUAUUACAUAAUUCACUUCAGGUUUUGAACCUUUAUUAAAGGAGGGAUAAGAAAGCUCAGAUCUGCAAGCUAGUAAACUAUUUGAUUCUGCACUCAGUCUGGCAAGCCUAUAUAUGCACAACUGUCUGUAGGAAGGAAGGAUAAUAUGCAGAAAUGGCAUCUUCACAUAAAAUGGAUUUUGUAUAAGCUAGAGUAUAUCUGAGAUAAUCUUCUAAUAAACAAAAUGAUUUAGAAUGUUUGGUAUUUAUAUAACUGAGGAUACGUUUUGUAAAAUCAAUAAGCUGUAACAACGCUGAACUGGUUACUAAACUGAAGUAAAGAGAUCCUAGAAAGUUA